AUGGAAGAGAAAGGUUACACUUUAGAUGGCACAGUAAAUCUUAAUGGAGACCCUGUGCUUUCUUCUACAACUGGGAAAUGGAAAGCUUGCAUAUUCAUUCUUGCAAACCAAUUAUUUGAUAGAUUUGCAUACUUUGGGGUGAGUGCGAAUUUGGUGAUUUAUAUGACAUCAGAGCUACACAAAGACAUGGUAUCAUCAGUAACAAGUGUGAAUAACUGGUCAGGCACAGCAUGGCUGACUCCCGUACUUGGUGCUUAUAUAGCAGAUUCUUAUCUGGGCCGUUUUUGGACUAUCACUUUUGCCUUACUCAUAUAUGCCAUAGGAAUGGGACUGCUGGUUCUGACAACAGCACUGGAGUGCUUUAAGCCAAAGUGUAUAAAUGAAAUUUGCAAAGCCUCCAGCACACAACUAACACUGUUCUACAUAUCAAUAUACACCAUAGCCUUAGGCAGUGGAAUACUGAAGCCGAACUUGUCAACUUUUGGUGCUGACCAAUUUGAUGACUUCAGACCAAAGGAAAAAGUGCUUAAAGUUUCAUUCUUCAACUGGUGGGCGUUUAACACUGCAUGUGGGACUUUAGCUGCAACAGUGUUUUUGGUGUACAUUCAAGAGAGAUUUGGAUGGGGAUUGGGAUAUGGCAUAUCAGCAAUUGGUUUUCUACUUGGUGCUGUUAGCUUCUUUAUGGGCAUCCCAAUAUAUAGGCACAAAUCUAGACAGUGUAAGAGUCAUGCAAACGAGUUUUUUAGCGUCCCCAUGGCUGCUUUCAGAAACAGAAAGCUGCAUCUUCCUAGUAACCCUUCUGAACUGCAUGAGUUCGCCUUGGAACACUACAUUGUAGCUGGAAGACGACAAAUUUAUCACACUCCUCGUUUCAGGUUCUUAGACAAGGCUGCAAUAAAAGCAAGCAAUAGAGAUGGGUCAAAUCCCCCAUGCACCGUGACUCAAGUAGAGACGAUCAAGGCCAUAUUAGGGAUGAUUGGGAUUUGGCUACUGACAAUAAUUCCAAGCAACUUCUGGGCAGUGGAAGUGACAAUGUUUGUGAAGCAAGGAACAACAAUGGAUAGAAACCUCGGCCCAAACUUCCAAAUACCAGCAGCAUCCCUAUGGAGUUUUGUUGUGGUCACCAUUCUCAUAUGUCUGCCCAUUUACGACCGUUGCUUUGUACCAUUCAUGCGCAGAAGAACCGGCCUUCACAGAGGCCUCAAAAUGCUUCAUAGAAUUGUCAUAGGAUUUUCCAUCCAAGUCUUGGCCGCAGCAGUCAUGUAUUUUGUAGAACUUAGAAGAAUGGAAGUGAUAAGAAAGGAACACAUAACCACUGGGACACAAGUAGUUCCUAUGAGCAUAUUCUGGCUUUUGCCUCAACAUGUUAUACUUGGUCUUGCAAACACUUUCCUUAUGGGUGGAUUGCUUGAAUUCUUCUAUGAUCAAUCCCCAGAACAAAUGAAAGUCCUUGGCACAGCCUUCUACACUAGCACUGUAGCUGCUGGCAAAUACACCAACAGUCUCCUGGUAUCAGUGAUAGACAACUUCUCAAAGAAGCUCAGUGGUAAGAGCUGGCUAGGCAACAACUUGAACGAUAGUCACGUAGAUUACUACUAUGCUAUUCUUUUUGUGAUGUCUGCUCUUAAUCUUUCGCUCUUUCUCUGGGUGCAAAGAAGGUACAUUUACAAGAAAGAAAACGAAAAUGAGGUCAAUGCCAUUGAGAUUUUGAAAGAAGAGACGUAA